CCCAUGUCUGUGGUGAAGUCGAUCGAUAUCAUACUGCCCAAGGAUGCGGUCUAUCUGGCCGGCUCCAGCAUAGACGGGCAGGUGCUCCUCAUCCUCAACAGUACGCUGGUGGACCCCAUUGUGAAGGUGGAACUUGUGGGCCGGGGCUACGUGGAGUGGAACGAGGAGAUCGGGGCAUCCCGGGACUAUAGCAGGGAUGUUAUUUGCAACAAUAAGGCAGAUUAUGUGCACAAGACUAAGACAUUCCAAGUGGAAGAUAACUGGUUAAUGGCUGGGAGCCACACCUUUGACUUCCAUUUGAACUUACCUCCCAGGCUCCCCUCCACCUUCUCCAGUAAAAUCGGCCACGUCUUCUACUUCUUGCAAGCCUCCUGCACGGGCCGGGAGCACAUCUUAGCGAAGAAGAGGGUCUAUUUAUUGGUUCAAGGGACUUCAGACCUCCGCCGACAAAGGGCAGUCCAGAACCCCCUGUUUGUGGAGGUGGAAAAGAAGAUCUCCUACAAUUGCUGCAGCCAGGGCACCAUCUGCCUGCUGGUGCAGAUGGACAAGGACACGUUCGUGCCCGGAGAGAAGGUGGUCUUCACCACAGAGAUCCACAACCAGACCAGCAAGUGCAUCAAGACGGUGGUCUUCGCUCUCUAUGCGCAUGUGCAGUACCAGGGCUUCACGCCCACUGCUGAGCACCGCAGCCGCUCGGAGAGCAGCGAGCUCCUGCGCCAGGAAGCCAACACGCACAUCACGGCCUUCAACACCACCAAGGUGGUCAGCACCUUCACCCUUCCGCUUGUCCUGUCCCUCAGCAGUGACACCCAGAACCCCGAGAUAAUGACCACGCGCUACGAGCUUGUGGUCACCAUCCACCUGCCCUGGUCCCUCACAAACAUCAAGGCCAAGGUCCCCCUCACCAUCGUCAACUCCCCUGUGGAUUCCGGCAGCUGCCAGGACUCCAGGAGCCAGGACCUCUAG